GUUGCCCACCCUCCCAGAAUGUGACGUGCUGUGUCUUUCGUGUGCUCCUCAAGCCGCCCACCAGCCGCGCAACGUGGCACGGCGACCGUUGAGCGCGUGACGGCGCGCCAUGCUGCCGCGGGCCCUUACUGCCGUCCAGCAUCCCCAUCCCCCUCUCCUGCCUCGCGCCCUCGCCGCGUUCCAAAGAACCGCGUGGGGCGUCACAGCGCUCGCUCCCUGCCGCGCGCUUGAGAGUCUGGGAGCCGUGAGUCCGUGCGAUCCCCUCACGCCGUCCGCACACCGGGGCUCACCCACGUGCCGUCACGCCCAUCUCGCCCCCCGUCUCCUCGUCCUCCCUCCUGCUUUCGCCGGCACCUCCCCCCCGUCGCUCCCGCGCCCAUCGCACAGCCCGCCGCGCGCUUGCUCCACGCCCCGCCCCGUGCGCAGCGAGGUCGCUCCGUGGCUCUCCCCGUGCCCGCAACCCCGCGCCCAUCCCAACCGCUGCGUGUACGCCGCCCACCCGCCGUGCAUGCUCGGCUGCCCGUCGCCGCCUCUUCCGCCCCACUCCCGUGCCGCAGGCACGAGGGAUCGACGGCUGGGACUCAUCGCUGACAGUGAGAGCAGGAUUCGUAGCAUCAGGAGCAUUAGUGGCCACAGCAGUCACAGUGACGGUGGAAAGGGGAGUGUAGUCCGUGGCGGGGAGAGAAAGGGGCGAUUGACAGGCGAAAGCGGCGAUGGUAACCACGUUGAGCGAGGCGGUUGGCGAGAGCGGCGCGUGAUGGAGGCGUAUCUGCGGCGGUUCAUUGACUACGAGAAGCACGGCGUGCCGCAUGGCGCUGCCGCUGCUGGUGCUGACGGUGCGGGCCACGCAGCAACGGACAACCGCGAGGGUGGCGCCACCACGGGCGAGCAGCGAGCAGCAAGCGGGUGUGGAAGGGGCGGGGAGGAGGGUGCAGGGCAGCACGCCGGGGGGCUGGGCGGUGGAGUGGGUGUGCGGCAGGGCGUGGGGAGGGGGGGAGGUGCGGCGGCAGGCGAGCAGCAGAGGCGCGCGGUGGGGGCAGGGGAGGAGCGGUUUGACUUGCGGCGCAUGCACCGACUGAUGGCCGCCCUGGGGUCGCCCAUAGAGCAGUACAAGGUGGUGCACGUGGCGGGUACCAAGGGCAAGGGCUCCACCGUACACUUCAUCGCCAGCAUCUUGCGCGCCGCAGGCCUUGCAGUGGGCGCGUACACCAGCCCGCACGUGCUGUGCCUGAACGAGCGCGUGGUGGGGCCCUUGGGGCAGCCCGCCAGCGACGCGCAGCUGGCAGCGCUGGUGGCGCGGCAUGCGACGACAGUGGACGCGGUGUGGGAGGACGAGAAGAGCACAGGCGGGUUGCUCUCACACUUUGAGGUGCUGACAGCGCUGGCAUUCACGUUCUUUGCGGAGCAGCGAGUCGACGUGGCCGUGGUGGAGGUGGGGCUGGGCGGCGUGUGUGACGCCACGAACGUGAUUCCACCCGCUAGUCUGGCAGCGGCGGUGAUCACGCCCAUCGGGCUGGACCAUGUGGGCGCGCUCGGGGGGUCGCUGGACAGCAUAGUGCGCGCCAAGGCAGGCAUCAUCAAGACAGGGGUGCCGGUCGUCAUUGCGCCCCAGCCUCACCCUACGGCCCUCCCUCAGCUGCUCUCUCGCGCGCACCGCCUGCACUGCCCCACCGUGCUUGUCGCCGCGCCCCACACCACGGCCACCAGCAGCUGUGGCAACCCUGCUGGGGGGGUGUGGGCUGGAAGCAGCAGCACGUCUGCUGAGGGGCCUGAGGGCGAGCUAACUGAGUGGAGUGAGAGCAGGGAGGGGGCGCAGGGGCAAGUGUCACUGGCAUGCACAGAGGGGGCGGUGUCAGAGCAGCAGCGCGCGUGGCAGGCAAGGAGCGGCAUGGGAGCAGGUGUGGAGUGGCGGGAGAGGGGCAUUGUGGUGGGUGCGCGCUGCACUGCCUCCCUGGCUGACUUUACAGUGGAUAUGGCGGCGCUCACUGGGGAUGCAGGGGCGGGUAAGCUGCAUCUGAGGGACGUGCAUGUGGGCAUGGUGGGAGCGCACCAGACGGCCAACGCUGCCACGGCUGUGGCCACGGCGGUGCUGUUGCGCCACGCCAUGGGGCCCGUGGGCCGCUGCAUCUCAGACGCCGCCCUGCGCCAGGGGCUACUGUGCACGGCACUGCCGGGGCGCUUCCAGGUGCUGGAUGCGGCGCAGGUGCACGCGCUCAUGCGCACCGUGCUGGCAGCAACAGGGAUGGGGGAGAGAAAUACGCUGGGGGGGAGAAGGGAUGGGGUGGCAGGAGGAGAGGAGGGGGGAGAGAGGCAGGAUGGGGGACACGUGCAGGGAGGGGAAGCGGGAAAGGAGGCGGAGAUGGAGAGGGGAGGUGAGGGAGAGUUUGGCAGAGGGGAGGAGGAGACAGGGAGUGAGCUGUUUGUUGUUCUCGAUGGAGCGCACACGGGCGACUCAGCUACGGCGCUGGCUGCCACACUGCGCCAGGUGUUUGGGGCGGGCAGCAGCACGCCCAGCGACUGCAGCAAGCGCCCUCAACCGCGCAGGGCCCUUGAGCAUGCCACCGCGCCUGUGCAUGGGGCAGCAUGCAGUGGCAGGGGCAGGGGGCAGGGGAGUGAAGAGGGCAGGUUGAACGGAAGUGGGAUGGGAGGGGAGGAUGUGGGUGAGAGAGCGCGGUUUGUGUUUGUGGUUGCCAUGGCAGCAGACAAGCAGCACCACGAGUUCUUCUCUCGGCUCUUCUCAGGCAUCGUGCCAGCAGCAGUGCUGUGCACCGCAGUGCCCAUAGCCGCAUCAUCCCUGCGCACCAUGGCGCCCUCCGCGCUGCUCUCCAUUGCACGCCUCAACCUGCCAACCGCCCGCCCUGCUCCCGGGGAGCCCUCCAUGCCCUGCCUCGCUGCAUUGCCCGACAUCCCCACUGCACUCGCAGCUGCUCUCGGUUUCUCCCAGGGAGGGCGGUUCCUCGUGCACCAUAGAGCUCCUGAGGGGGACCCGCUUGCCCAGGGCAAGGGAGAGGGCACAAGGCACGUGGAAGGUGCCGGGGAGGCACAAGGGGAUUGGGGCACGAGGGAGCGGGCAAGGAAGCAUCCGGCGAGGGAGUGGAGGGAGAGGGUGGUGGUGUGUGUGACAGGGUCGCUGCAUGCUGUGGGUGCCACGUUGAGUAUGCUACAUACGUGAACCUGCAUUGGUAGGUUCUAAUUUUCAUUCAAGCAUCAAUGCAUGCACCAUAAUCUUCCCUGACGGACAUUCAAAUGCCACUGCUAUCCCAGACUAGUGUGUUGUGAUUCCCACUGUUCGGUUGAGAAUAGCCCUAGGUGUUAGAAUGCAAGAAUCGAACUAGAAUGGGAGAGUACAAGGUAAUAUAACCUAGAAGCUGUGCCCUCUAAGACACAAACCUAUAC